AUGGGCCGGGUCAACUUUUGGGAUAUUUACCAUGAUAUCAAAGGCCUGAUGCGCCGACGAACUGGCGAAUACGUCCUACAGAGUACUCCAGGCUGGGGAAAAUCAUACAUCCUCGCAUUACUUGCUUGUCUACUCAUGCGUCGAAGGAAGGUCAUUUUCAUACCAGAAUGUCAAAGUUUUUCUGGGUCGGUUUUCCAUGAAGUUAGGCUCUCGUACGCUCUUGCGUAUGCGCGAGACGCACAAAAAUUUCAGUACCUGAUGGAAAUGAGUUCAUGGGAUGAACUGAUAAAUUUCACGGACUAUGAGCAUGACAUCGGCGUUCAACCUAUAUUCAUAAUCGAUGGGACCCGAGCAGAAACUUUGAGUUAUGGAAACCCCUCUACCAUCAUUGCCGGUGAUUGUAGAGGCAUACUGUCCGAUAGGAACAUGUCAAACCUGAGACGGAUUUCCUUUGAUCAAAUUCUGAUACGGAGUUCGAAUUCAUUAAGUAGCACUGAUCAGGGAUCUCGUAUCCAUACUGAUGGGCGUUUCUUUUUUGGAGGGCUUACAACGGUGUGCACCUCUGUUUUGGUUAAGUAUACGAUGGGUGGGAGCUAA